UUCCCCACGCUGUCCCAAAAAAGCGGGGGGCAAGGAGAGGCCUGCUGCUUCUCGCCACCGCCCCUAGCUGCGCAGGGGCUCUGUUCUGGGCCUUUCUGGGUGGAGGGGAAGGUGCUUCUCGCAGCUUUCCCCACCAGUCGCUCUCCUCUUCUGAAGUUCUCGGUGGUCAGUAUCGCCCCUGCUGUACUUUAGUUAAUUGUGCCUUGGGGCAACGGGCUGUGUGGCCAUUGGUGAAAUAUGUUUUGUAAAGGAAAGGACAGAUAAGAUUAUGAAACACCCUGCGUGUUCUUUGUCAGAUUACUUUAUUCUUCCUUACUCAGGGCUUUAGGUACAACCAAUAAAGUUUGGAUUAUGAACACUCAGUCAUCGGUAUAUUUUCUGCUGACAGCAGUGGUUGAUCUGUGCAGAGACUCACAGAAGCAUGUUCUUCGCUUCUGCAAGAUAAACUGAUGGAUCCUGAGCCUGUGGUGUUCAGUGUUUUGGUUCUUCGCCCCCAUGAGAGGUCUGCAGUAGCGUGGGGUCAGACCUGCCACUGGUUUGGGCUCUUGGAGCGCUGCUCCUGCGCUGAGCGUUGAUGCCGGGCUGUGAAACUAAGUGCUGCCUUCUGUCUGUGGAGGUGGCUGUGCUGUGUGCCCCAUGGGCGCUCGCUUGGCUCGUGCAAACCCCGUCCCCAGCGUGUUCCAAAAAUGGCGUGUGAGGAGCAGCUCAUUCUGCAUCCAAGGCUCAGCACCCACCAGAGGUGACUUGGGCAACGUCGUCUUUUGAGAGAGAAGCACAGGAAGGCAGCAGCAUCUCUGCUUGGGGGCAGGUGGUAGUUUAGUUUGCUCUUUGGACAUUCUCUCUUUUUCAGAAACAUAGUAGUUGCUUAGAAUAUUCAGGCGCAAGGAGAGUUGGUGUUCACACUGUGUUGCCAAUUGAGCUGGGUGUUGGAUUCAGGUGUAGCACAGGUAGGUGUGGAGAAGUCGCUCGUCCUGCACAUUGUUCGUGUCGGUGUGAUGCAGAAAAGGGUGAAGCUUGUGCCAGGAGAGGGGAGACUGAUCUUGGGAAUACUUUAGGCAGGAUUUGCGGAAGAUGUGAAGCUUGAUCAGCUCCUUAGUCCUAAAACUAGGACUAAGGUAAUACUUCCAGUUCUUACAGCACAAUGCUGUGCCUGGGUAAAACACAGCAACAGUGGUGCAUCCUCUGUGGAGACACACUGCGUCUGUCACUGGAAAAAGAAAACUGGAGCUGGAUGAGCGUCUGCUUCCUACCCUCAGGAGAAGAUCUGCCCGUGUCUCACGGGUGCAGGUCCGGCUCUUCAAGUGCCUCCUGGCAGAAAAGGGGUUAUUGGAAAGGUCCAGACCUUUGCCCGGGUAGGAAAUGUGUCCAUCUUUGGUAGGCACUGAUCCCUUUCUUCUUGGCAAUGGAGACAUUUCCUUUUUUUCACCUUUCUCUGUUACCUGGUAAUGUAAUUUCUGUUAUUUAUGCAUUGUUAGUGAAACCUCACAGUCUUCUAGUGCCCAGCAUGGGCAGUAGCAGAGCGUUCAGUGUCCACAUCCUGCGGCUCAGACUGGUGAGCUCAGAGUUGGCUGCUGCCCACGAGGAAUUGAAACGGUGUUGAGGAAGGUGAGAUCAACCAUGGAGUGAGGAAGGUGACACCCUCUCGGUCUCAGCUGUGGCAAAACAGGACAAAGGGAUGAAGCAGAAUAGCUGAUAAUGUGCUGUGGGGUGGAUAAGGCACGGAGCAUGGAAAAAUGUUGUGAGAAAGUUGGAUGCUGGAAGAGAAAGUGGAGACUUCUGAGUGGGAGGCUCGGAACAGCUUUGCUGGGUUUGGCGAGGCAUGUGGGUUCAUGGAUAAGGGAGAAAUCAGUCCUGUUGGGAAUACAGCUCUUUGGAAGAGGGGCAGAAAAACUGACAGUGGGCUCUAGCAAAUGUGGAGGAAUCGUGUGCUGUUUCGUGCUGUUAAGCAGAGUUUAAUUUUGUGCAGGGGCAGUUAAUGGUACUCGAUUACUUGAGAAAAGCUGAUGAAACGUGAGAAUGAAGACACAAACCUGUGAGUGGGGAUUAUGGGGAAAGACUUGGUAAAGUGCUGUUACCUGAAGGUGAGACACGGAAAGACUCCAGUAUUGGAGAUUUGGGGCAUUUUCAAAUAGUACAGGUUGGGCACCUGGGCAUGAAAUGGGUUUGAGGCAGGAAUCUUUGGAAUGCUGGGUCGCAGAGUUGUAGAGAAAGAGGUUAUGUUUCUACUGUGAUAAGAGGCACAGGGAUGUAACUUUUCCCAGUUGUGUUAAAUGGUGGGUGUCCUUAUGCCUUCCACUUGAAUUCUUUUUCUGCAUUUUCUCCUUACAGAACUAAUUUUCUCUUCUUGUCUUUCCUCACAUCCUCUGAGGAAUAAGAGGAUGGAAGACAGAAGCAAAUGGGUGACAUUGUGGUGGGGUGAUUAAUUUUGUGUCACAUUUCUGAAGAGGCAGGGUUUUCUUUCUGGGUUACCAGACCUGUCACCUCCACCAUUCCUCCCUUAUUGAAUUGCUUUCAUUAAGGCAUCUGUUUUAUAAACCAUCUGGGUGAGAUUGAUGCCAUCUUAGAUUUCAUUGUCCCAUAGGGGUCUUGAGAGAAUAAACUUGACAAAUUUUAAGAUCAGAAAGGGCUGAUGUGGCAUUGGCUAUGAACAUUAUCUGGUUUUGGUUGUGAGACAACUCUCAGAUAAUUUUUCUGAGCUUGAAUAUUCCCUUCAGGGGCCUUUUAAGAGUUUAUUUUCCUGGAAUUUACAGCACCUGAGGAAAGGAGUUCUCCUUUGGACCUAGAAAAAAUGCUUUGGAGAGGAGACUGCAGCUUUCUGAACUGGCAUUAGCACUGUUGCUGAAAGCAGAGUGGAUUUUGUAGCUGUUUUUUGGUCCCCAUUUGCCAUCAAGGUGCCAAACCUGUCUGUUGGUGAGAAAGGUUGAUGAGAAAUGGGGCUAUUGAUGUGGUCGUAGGAUCAGUGUUCACAGACAUCUCCUGUUGGGCAGGUGUCAGCAGCAACAUGAGCCCCACAUGAGCCUCACCCGCUUCUUUGUUCAGGCUGUUCUGGACAGUUUUAUUCAAACAAAUUAUUUUAUUCUGCAUUUCACACUGUUUCUUUGGGAAGCUGAAGAGCAGAAGGGAGACCUUGGAGUUCUUUGCGGACUCAAGACAACACCACCACAGACUCAUAUUUGGUGGAAGAAUUUGAGGCCCUUAUCCUCUGUGCAGCUUUGCCGUUCAGGUAGCCUCUGAUUUCAGACAUCUCAUCAUUUCCACCUGCCAACCUGUCUGAUAUGUCGGGACCCGUGCCGAGCAGGGCCAGAGUUUACACGGAUGUGAACACACACAGACCCCGGGAGUACUGGGACUACGAGUCGCAUGUUGUUGAGUGGGGAAAUCAAGAUGACUACCAGCUAGUUCGAAAAUUAGGCCGAGGCAAAUACAGUGAAGUAUUUGAAGCCAUCAACAUUACAAAUAAUGAAAAAGUAGUUGUUAAAAUUCUCAAGCCUGUUAAAAAGAAGAAAAUCAAGCGUGAAAUCAAGAUCUUGGAGAACUUGCGAGGCGGUCCCAAUAUAAUCACUCUUGCAGAUAUAGUAAAAGAUCCUGUGUCUCGGACACCCGCUUUGGUUUUCGAACAUGUAAACAACACAGACUUUAAGCAAUUAUACCAGACACUAACAGAUUAUGAUAUUCGAUUCUACAUGUAUGAGAUUUUGAAGGCUCUAGAUUACUGCCAUAGCAUGGGAAUCAUGCACAGAGAUGUCAAACCUCACAAUGUCAUGAUUGACCACGAGCACAGAAAGCUUAGACUAAUAGACUGGGGUUUGGCUGAAUUCUAUCACCCCGGCCAAGAGUACAAUGUCAGAGUGGCUUCCAGAUACUUCAAGGGACCUGAACUCCUUGUAGAUUAUCAGAUGUAUGAUUACAGUCUGGACAUGUGGAGCUUGGGUUGCAUGUUGGCUAGUAUGAUAUUCCGAAAGGAGCCGUUUUUCCAUGGCCAUGACAACUAUGAUCAGCUGGUGAGGAUAGCCAAGGUGCUGGGGACAGAAGAUCUGUACGACUACAUCGACAAAUACAACAUUGAACUGGAUCCACGUUUCAAUGACAUCUUGGGCAGACACUCUCGUAAGCGAUGGGAGCGCUUUGUUCACAGUGAGAACCAACAUCUGGUGAGUCCAGAAGCUCUGGAUUUCUUAGACAAGCUGUUGCGAUAUGAUCACCAGUCACGACUCACAGCGAGAGAAGCCAUGGAACACCCCUACUUCUAUCCCAUCGUGAAAGACCAGGCUCGGAUGGGCUCGUCCAACAUGCCGGGCGGCAGCACUCCUGUCAGCAGUGCCAGCAUGAUGUCAGGGAUUUCUUCAGUGCCAACACCUUCACCCCUCGGACCUCUCGCCGGCUCCCCAGUCAUUUCCGCCACCACCACGCUGGGGAUGCCGGUGCCGGCGGCCGCGGGCGCUCAGCAGUGACGGGCUCUGUCUGCGCUGAGUCAGGUGGGGAAGAGGUUUCCCCUCCGUCCCCGCGGGACGCAGCUCGUGCCCGGCCGGGGAAGGGAGGGGACGAACGCUUUGGAGGCACCGUGUCUGAACUGUUGCUUGUGGAUUUAUAGUAGUUCAGUCAUUAUAUACAAAAUUAUUAUAGGCUGAUUUUUCUUUUUUUUACUUGAACUUUUCGUAACUCAGGGGAUUCCCUGAAAAUACCUACAGAUGGAAUAUUUCUCGGACAGUUUUCCACCCCACCCCCCCGCCCCCCAUUCCUCCCCCCCAAAAAAGAGUACUCUUCAUUUAAGAACAAAGAUGAAUCAACAGCAUUUUCAAGCUAUUGCAUCCUGCUGGAAAUCUCUUCAUGUUCCCAACAUUCUUCCUCCAUGAGCCCACACCUUGGGGGGACUGUGCUGUUCUCCAGAGGCCACCAACCCAAGUCUUCAUCAGGCAGGGGAGGGGGAUUCUUAUUGUCUCACCCACUUGAACCCCGUGUCCUGCCUCUGACUCAGCUGGGGGACACUGAGGAGACAAUUCCAGUGUGGAGAGGUGGUGGAAGCUUAAAAGAACUGCAGAUAAUGUCUGAAACGCUAAUUGGAUUGAAUCAUGUUUCCUUAGGAGCCAAGCAGAAUGCCAACUCACCCCCUUGCAUGUAAUUUUAGUCUUAAAAGAAGAAGUUACUGAUCCGAUGGGAGUCCUUGCCAGCUCCUGAGAACGGUGCUUCUUGAGAGAAAGCCGCACUCUGAGCAGCCCCUUUCUCCGGAGGGUUCUUCCUGCCAUGGCUUGGCUUGGAUCUUGGGAAUUAGUUUGUUAUUGGGUACAUUGUUUUGGUUUUUUUUUUAAUUGUUUAUAUAGAUUUCAAGCUGGUGGCUACUUAAAGCUGGAAAAAUCAGACUGCGCCAAGUCCGAUCUCACAUCUUCACCCACCAUCCCCUCCCUCACGUGCCAUGUGGUGAGAAAUACCAGUUACCUCACAGUCUUGUAAAUAUGCACUGAGAGGAAGGAGCGAGCAGAUGUUAACUUAAACUGAACUGGUAGAUCAGUAAUUGUGGACAAAUAUUAUCAUUGACAACGGAGAAGCACCCUUGUUAUAGCCCUGCAACCCCUUGCUGUGUAUAUAUACUUUGUCCUUCAUAUGUGAAAGAUCCAGUGUUGGAAUUCUUUGGUGUAAAUAAACAUUUGGUUUUAUUUAUCGA